GGUACCUCCCCUCAGUCUCUCGGCCCUGUGUGGGUCAGACAGGAACAAGAUGGCGCCGGGAGGAGCGUUAGCUUCUGGACCAGUCGUUGUCUGAGAGACUGGUGCUGAUCCGGCAGGAUGAACCUCUGCGCGCAGUAUUUACGACAGGCAGAGGCCCUGAAGGCGGACAUGACAGAUUCGAAGCUGGGGGCUGCGGAGGUGUGGACGUCCCGGCAGGCGCUGCAGGAUCUGUACCAGAAGAUGCUGGUGACCGAUCUGGAGUACGCUCUGGACAAGAAGGUGGAGCAAGACCUGUGGAAUCAUGCUUUUAAGAACCAGAUCACCACGCUGCAGAGCCAGGCCAAGAACCGAGCCAACCCCAACCGCAGCGAGGUCCAGGCCAACCUGUCGCUGUUCCUGGAGGCAGCUAGUGGCUUCUACACACAGCUGCUGCAGGAGCUGUGCACCGUGUUCAACGUGGACCUGCCGUGCCGCGUCAAGUCGUCUCAGCUCGGCAUCAUCAGCAAUAAGCAGAGCGUCAGCAGCGCCAUCGUCACGCCGCAGCCCAGCUCCUGCUCCUACAUCUGCCAGCACUGCCUCGUCCACCUGGGAGACAUCGCACGUUAUCGUAACCAGACCAGCCAGGCAGAGUCGUACUACCGACACGCAGCUCAGCUGGUCCCAUCCAACGGUCAGCCUUACAACCAGCUGGCCAUCCUGGCCUCGUCUAAAGGAGACCACCUCACCACCAUCUUCUACUACUGCCGCAGCAUCGCUGUCAAGUUCCCCUUCCCAGCAGCCUCCACCAACCUGCAGAAGGCCCUGUCCAAGGCUCUGGAGAGCCGCGAUGAGGUGAAAAGCAAGUGGAGCGUGUCAGAUUUCAUCAGGGCCUUCAUCAAGUUUCACGGUCACGUCUACCUGAGCAAGAGUCAGGACAAACUGGACGCUCUGAGGGAGAAACUGGAGGAGCAGUUUCAGAGGCUGAUCCUACAGAAAGCCUUCAGCUCCCAGCAGCUGGUCCACAUCACGGUCAUCAACCUGUUUGAGCUGCACCACCUCCGAGACCUGACGGCUGACAGUGGCGAGCAGAGCUACAGCAGCGAGCAGCAGAUCAGCUGGUUCCAGCUGCUCGGACUCUUCAUGUCCUUCCUGGGAGUGAUGUGCAGCCGCGCUCUAUUCAACAAGAGCCGCGGCGAGGAGAUCAUGGGCGAGUGUCCUCUGCCGGCCAUCAAAGUCUCUCUGGACUGGCUCAAACUGAGACCCAGCGUCUUCCACGAGGCCGCCGUCCACCAGCGGCAGCAUGUCUGGCCCUGGCUCGUCUCCAUCCUCAACAGCUUCCAGCCCAAAGAGGACGAGGUGUCCUGUUCCUCAGUGACGCCGCUGCCAGAGGAGUUUGAGUUGCAGGGUUUCUUGGCGCUCCGGCCGGCUCUGAGGUCUCUGGACUUCACUAAAGGGCAUCAGGGCAUCCUGGUGGACCGGGACGGCUUGCCGGUCCACACCCGGCACCAGAGACUCGUCAGUCUGGGGAAAUGGGUGGCCGACAACCAGCCGGGGCUGAUCCAGUGCAGACCGAGUGAAGACGGCCUCCUCGUCUUCGUCACCGACAUUCCAGAGCAGGCCAUCGAGGAGCCGCAGGAGAAGGAGCCGCCGGUGCUGCAGGAGUCGUCCAACGCCGAGCAGACGCCCAACGACAACGGCGGCAACUCGGGCCUGAAGUCGGUGCUGUCGGCGGGGAAGACUCAGAGCGCGUGGCCCGACGGCAGCGACCGGCCCGUCGUCACCUUCAAGGAGAACAUCAAACCCAGGGAGCAGAGCCGCGAGCCCACGCGGAACCAUCACCUGAAGGACAGCGGCAAGGAGCGCCGCGACUUCACCAAGGGCAACGGGGCUGCUGGGAAAGGAGAGCUGAAGAGGGACGCCAAGAGGAAGAGCGAGCUGAAAAAAGCCGGUCACGAGAAAACUCCUGACGCUGUGAAACAGGUGAAGGCGCAGACUGAGCUGAGGAAGACUCCGGUACCCGAGGCGAAGAAGACUCCUGUCACCCAGACUCAAACCACCGGCUCCUCCCAGUUCAUCCCCAUCCAUCACCCCGGAGCCUUCCCACCGCUGCCCAGCAGACCUGGUUUCCCUCCCUCAGCCUACGUCAUCCCUCCCCCGGUGGCGUUCCCGGGGCUUCAGGUCAACCCGGGCUUCACCUUCUCCACCGGAGUGUCCGUGCCCGGGCCUUUCCUCCAGCCGGGCGUCCACACGCAGGCCGGCACGCAGGCCGGCAAGCCGUCGCACAUUCCCUACAGUCAGCAGCGGCCCUCUGGUCCCGGGCCGGGCCAGGGGCCGGGCCCCGGGCCCAUGAACCAGGGCCCCUCCCAGGGCCAGCAGUCCCAGAGCUUACAGCAGUCGGUGCAGCUGCAGGUGCAGGCCAUGAGCCAGCAGCAGCAGUCUCCGACCAAACCGGGGCAGCAGGUCGGGAUGGGGAAGAGUCCGCCACACCACCCGGGCCUGCAGCAGCAGUACAUGCAGGUCCAGGACCAGCCGGCCCAGAUGUGGAACCAGGCUCAGGCCGCUCUGCAGAAGAUUCCUCCUCAGAUGCAGAUGUCCAUGAAGCAGCCUCAGCCUCAGCAGCAGCAGCAGCAGUUCUACAUGGCAGCACAGGAUCCUCUCAAACUGUACGAGCAUCAGCUGCAGUCCAACAUGGACAAGAAGAUCAAGUACCCCAACGUCAAGAUGCAGGACUUCUACUGGGAGCCGUCGUACCGGAUGGGCGAAGGCCUGGCGGUGAUGGCCGACAGGAUGAAGAGGCCGCCGCCGGGCGGCAUCUGCCCGGAGCAGGACGGCCCAGCGGGGCCCCGCGGACCCCCGUUUGAGGACACCAAGAGCUCGCCUCUUCUCCCUCCUGACCUGUUAAAAACUCUAGCAGAUUUUGAGGAAGAGGAGGAGCUGGUCUUUUCUAAGCCUCCUGAUUUCUUCCAGGCCUUGGCCGGCCCUCUUAGCACUGCUCCCGGACCAAACAUAUUUCUGAACCAGACCAGGAUGGAGAGCGGUCCCGAGGUCGUCAGCCAAUCAUCUUCUCUGCUGCCCAUGUCUGGCUUCCCCAUGCAGGAGUACAACCAGAACAGCAUCUUCAGCCAGGCGUACGGGAAGAACCUGCCGCCCAGCAACAAGCUGGACGCUCCCAUGAUGCACCAGGAGCCGUCGCUCUACUCUCUGUUCGAGGGGACUCCAUGGUCACCGUCGCUCCCCGCCAGCUCAGAUCACUCCACCCCAGCCAGCCAAUCCCCUCACUCCUCCAACCCCAGCAGCCUGCCGUCCUCCCCCCCAACACACAACCACGGAGCCAUGCCCUUCUCCAACUUCGGGCCCAUCGGCACUCCGGACAGCCGGGACCGCCGGGUGGUGGACCGCUGGAAGCCCGACAAGACCGGAGCAGUGAGCGGCUUCGGGCUGGACUACCUGCCAUCUGCAGCUUCCUCGGCAGCUUCAGAUUCCAGCUGGCAUCAGACGGGGCCGGCCGGCAGCUCCUGGACCAAUCAGGAGUGUCCGAUGGAGGAGUCGUCCUCCACCGUGCUGCUCGACAGCCUCAAGUCGAUCUGGUCGAGCUCCAUGAUGCAGCCCGGCCCGUCUGC